AUGACCACCUAUUCUGACUCUGAUGUGCAAAGCAAGACUAAAAUCAUGGACAAAAUGCUAUCUGGCAAUGAUACUGAUGUAUCAGACGUGUAUGAUGAGUUGGAAACAGAACAAGGAAACGACAGUGAUGACUUAAAAACUACACCUGUUUCAGUCACAGAUUCUCCAAAGAGUACUGCAGCUGGUAAUGAAAUAAAAGUCACACCAGCUUCUCAUCGGGCGAAUGGACAGAGAAUUUAUGACAAAAGGCAAGCAUGUUACUACUGUGGGCAGCUGUUUGCUAAAAUUUCUGAACACUUGGAAAAUAAGCACAAGGAUCAAAUGGAGGUGGCACGUAUUAUAGCUAUGAUAAAAGGAAGCAAAGAUAGGACAUUAGCUUGGAAAAAAAUUAGGAACAUGGGUAAUUUUCAGCACAAUGUUUCAAUUAUGUCAACACGUGAUCAAGAUGAUGAUAAUAUGCAGUUGAUCGUGGAUAGACGUCCAAAGAAUGUCAAGAACUUGGAGGACUUCUUGCCUUGUAGUUUUUGCCUUGGAUUUUUCCUGAAGGGUGAUCUCUGGCGCCAUUCUAAGACUUGUCCUUUAAAAAUGCAAGGCUCUGAGGAGCAGAAGGAGACACGUGUGCAGUUAUCAUCCAAAUUACUGCUUGAAUCAUCAAUGGCUUUGACAAAGAACAGUAAGGUAGAUCAAGAAUUUUUGACAGUUGUUGCUGGCAUGAAGCAAGAUGAGGUGCUAGAUUGCAUCAAAAGCGACAAUGCACUAAGACUUCUCGGUGGAAGCAUGAUACAAAAAGUUGGGAAGUCCAGAGUAGCAAAUGUUAGACAAAAGCUUCGGGAACUUGGUCGUUUAUUGAUUGAAAUGCGCAAAACAACUCCUGUUAAUGGGACAUCUUUACAAAACUUCAAUGACAUUAUCAAACCAGAAAACUUUGAUCGUAUUACUGAGGUUGUUUGGAACAUUGCUGGAACGUCACUCUCAGGUGAGGAAGUUUACACACAAAGAGGUCUGCCAAAGUAUGAGAAGCCGUCUUUGGCUUUAAAACUUGGGCAUUCUUUAAAGAAAAUGGCGGAAAUGAAACGAGGAUGUGCAAUUCGCAAUGGAGAUGAAGUGGGACGAAAAGAGGCUGAGAACUACAUUAUAUUGCAUGCAUCUGAGUGGAAUGACAAGAUCAGCAGCCAUGCUUCUCAAACGCUGUCGGAGCGUCGGCAUAAUGAUCCAAACCUCCUUCCACUAACAGAAGAUGUGGUAAAGCUAAGACGCUAUCUUCUUGAUGAACAACAACGCCUUAUUCCACUACUGCGUAGUGCUCCGUCAGCCAGCAUCUGGAGAACCUUGGCACUAGUUGCACUUACUCGUGUGACUGUCUUUAAUAAAAGGAGGGGAGGGGAGACUGGACAAAUACUUCUGGAAUCGUACAAGAACAGAACCAACUGGAACAAAGCUGGUAAUGCUGAAAUAAUUGGUACCCUUCAACCUCUUGAGAAGAAACUCCUUGAAAGACUGCAACUAGUGGAGAUAGUAGGGAAAAGAGAUCGAAAAGUUCCAGUUAUAUUAACAGAAGAUAUGGUCAGCGCCAUUGAUACAUUGAAUGAAGCGAGGAAGGACAUUUUGUUGCCUGCCGAAAACAAGUACCUCUUUGCGGCCCCAACAACAAAAGAUGGUUACUUGAAGGGGUGGGAUGCACUACACUUUACUACACAAAAUGCUGGUCUUGCCAAACCGCAACUCAUCACUUCGACAAACAUGAGGAAAUACGUAGCAACAGUUUCACAGGUAAAAUUUUAA